GGAAUUCCCGUUUUCAAACCCUCAAUGGACGAGUUUGCAGACUUUGAAGGAUUCAUGACGAAGAUCGAAUGCUGGGGACUGCGGAGCGGUAUCGUCAAAGUCAUCCCGCCCAAAGAGUGGACCGAUGCAUUGCCGUCCUUAAAGGAGCAAUUAGCUAAUGUCAAGAUAAAGUCACCCAUCGAGCAACAUAUGCUGGGUCGUGGUGGUUUGUUUCGGCAGGAGAACAUUGAGAAACGUCGUAUAAUGAGUGUACGAGAGUGG